GAUCACCGAUCGAUUCCACUCUAAAGACUAUUUUCCUCUGUCAUGCAAUAAGAUCUUAUUUUCUUGUUCAAACAUUGAACAUUAUAAAGGAAAUCUAAACCCAAAAAGGUACAAAUCAUAUAUUCCCUUAACAUGCAUCUCAUUUUAUUUGGUUUAUACAUUCGGCUUUUCUUUUCAUUAUGAUAUGAUUUUAACAACUGCUAACAAUUACUGCCCUUUUGCCUUGUUUUUGGUACUGAAACCGGGUGGGGUGGACUCAAUCGAAGAGGAGCGUUCACUCAACUAAAAUCAAAGCAGAAUCAAAGCACCAUCUAAACCCACCACUCUUCUUUUUUUAUCUUGUUUGAACUUCGAAGGCAUCUCCCUGCUUUUAGAAUUGGAAGAAAUUGCGUGGUGGGAUCAAUUAAAAAGGAGCAACCACCCAACUUUCCCAUCUUCAUUUCUCUCCCAAAACCAAAGCUCAAUCUUACAACCCUUUCCUGCAAACUCACCGAUCGAUUCAACUCUAAAGACUCUUUUGCUUUAUCAUGCAGUAGAUCUUGUUUUCUUGUUCCAACAUUGAACAUUCCAAAGGAAAUUAAAAGGAAAAAGGUUCUGAAAGUGGUUAUGAUGGAAUCAAUCGAAGAAGACCAUUCACUCAACUAAAAUCAAAGUAGAAUCCAAGACUACCAUCUUCUGCACUUUCCCGUUUCCACCAUCCAAACUCAUCACUCUUCUUUUCUAUCUUUAAUUAUGUGUGUUGGAUGAUGAACAAGAAAGCACCCAAUGCUCAGUAAUCUAGUCUUUUUUGGUGGAAUAAACAAACAAAAAGCGAUCACCUAACGUCUUCUUUGUCAUUUCUCUCUUCUACGAAAACAAGAGCUCCCUAGACCCAUACGUUGUUUGCUCUGCCAUGAUUCUUGUUUUCCCGUUCCAAGGCUCCUCCUUUGCAAGCUAGCUCCCAAUAUUGAUCAUUCUAGAGGAAAUCCAAAGCCAAAGUCUUUUCUGGUACUGAAACCGCGUGGAAUAAACCAAAGCAAAGAAGAACCAUCACUUAAAUCAAAACUCAAUCCAAGACCCAUCUCUAUUCAUUUCCCUGUUCCACUCCAGAUUCAUCAAAAGCAUUGAAAUGCAAGUCCUCAGAUGGUUAAAACCUCAUCAAGGUUUGAAACGAUUGAGAAUCAAUUGUUUUGGUGGGUUGGAAUUUCCAUCUUGGAUAGGUGAUCCAUCAUUUUCCAACUUAGAGUACUUGGAGCUAUGCAAUUGUAAAAGCACUUCAUUACUAUCACUUGGGCAACUACCUCAGCUCAAAGAAUUGAUCAUCACAGGCAUGGAUGCAUUAAAAAUUAUGACGCUUGAGUUUGACGGAGACAAUUCUUUUUCAACUUUUCCAGCAUUAGAUUUACAAGACUGCCCUAAGCUGGUAGGAAAAUUAUCGAAAUGCAUUCCUUCUCUUAAAAAGUUGAAGAUUUUCAGAUACAAUUCUUCUUCAACUUUUCCGGCAUUGGAUUUACAAGACUACCCUGAGCUGGUCGGAAAAUUACCGAAAUGCAUUCCUUCUCUUAAAAAGUUGAAGAUUUCCAGAUGUCCAGAAUUGAGGUACUCCCCACUUAGUCUUCCAUCACUUGAAGAAUUGCAUAUGGAAGAAUGUAGUGAGGUAGUAUUGAGGAGUAUGGUCAAUCUCACCUCCCUCAAAACAUUGAGUAUAAAAAAAAUUUCUAAACUGACUUGCCUACCCAAGAGUUUUGUUGAGUCCAUGAUAGCUCUCAAGGAUAUAGAGAUUGUGUCUUGCACUGAACUUACUUGUUUGUGGGAAGAGGGAGUUAAUAUCCUAAACCUUGCAUGUGUUGAGAAGAUAGAAGUCAAUGAGUGUGAAGCGUUGGAUUCCUUGCCUGGUGAGAUAAUGAUGUUGAGACUUGAAGAAUUAUAUAUUGGUCAAUGUCCUGCUUUCCGAAUGUUUCCAAGAGGCAAGUUACCCACCACGCUUAAAGUUCUGCGAAUUUGGAAAUGUGAAAAGCUAGAGUCUCUAUCAGAAGGAAUAUUGAUAAAUAAUGGUGAUGCACAUCAAAUGUCGCAACUUGAAAGAUUAACGAUUGCCAGCUGUCCUUGUCUGAAAUCUUUUCCAAGUGGUCCGUUACCCAAUUCUUUUAAAUGGCUUUAUAUCACUUAUUGCAAGCAACUGGAAUCUCCACCUCAAAGGAUGCUGCAGUAUUGCACGGAACUUAAAGUUAUAAGUAUUUAUAGGGGUGAUAUGAAAAGUUUAUGUUUUGAGGACAUGCGUGGGCCCACUUAUUUAUGGAUAGACAAUUGUGAUGCUUUGGAGUCGUUUUCCCUGUCCAUCUCCAAUCUUAAAGACUUAAACAUAUCAAAUUGCAGGAAUCUCAAGUCUUUGCCUAACAAGAUGCACGACCUCACGUCUCUCAAUACAUUAUAUAUAAGAAAUUGUCCAGAGAUCAAGUGCAUUUCAGACAGUGAUUUGCCACCAAACUUAACACGGCUUCAAAUUUAUGGGUGUAUAGGGAUCGAGUCCAUUCCAGGCGGUGAUUUGUUUCCAAACCUAACGGAUCUUGAAAUUGUCGACUGUCAAGGGAUUGGGUCCAUUCCAGACCGUGGUUUUCCCCCAAAACUUAGAAGUCUUACAAUUGAUUGCAAGAAUCUGAAGAAGCCGAUGCAGGAAUGGGGCCUUAGCAACCUCACCUCUCUUCUAUCCUUGGGGAUUUAUUGGAUAUGUCCUGAUCCUGAUGUGCUUCCCACUUCUCUAACCAGUCUUGUGGUAGGUAAGGUUGAAAAUAUGAAAUCCAUAGCUAGAGGGCUCCUUCAAAACCUCAACUCUCUUCAAGAUUUAACAAUCAAGGAUUGCCCAAAGCUGCAGUCCUUGCCAAAGGAAGGCCUGCCUACCUCCCUUCAAAAGUUAACUUCAAAACAUGAUGACAAUCAAAUGAAUUCCAAUCUAAAUAAAAGGAUAUGCAUAUUAAAUGAUAGAGAAAUGGCCAAUAAAAAAUCAUACUUGAAAGGUUAUAUGGUAAUCAAGAAAACUACUAAGGAUUAUUCCUCCUUUUCACAGCCCAAAGUACUAGAUGGAGGAGAUCUUAGUAUUUCUGAAGCUUAACAUUUAUGUCAGCUGAAAAAAUGUUGGUUUUCUAGAGAUUGGAAAGUUGCAAUCCUUGUAUUCUGUGAAGACUCGUUGACUACUCAAUAUAUAAAUAGCUGCUUAGUAUAAGAGUCAACAACAUGUCAACCCUUUCAGGUCAUCUUUUGCAGCUGUGUGGUAAUCAAACUCCUUGGACUAGUUCUAACUCACUCAAGAAUUCUUCUGAUUGAGUUAAUUCAUUUUCUUGAUCUUCCUUUUCCAUUUUUCUAUUAAGAUUAUCUAGAUAGUCAUGCUAUUUAAUUGCUCUACAGCCAGUUAUGUGUGCUGAGAUUUGAGUAAAGAGUUGGUUCUAAGGCUUAAACCUAUCCUAUUUGAUGAACUGCAUUAUUUCAGAUCUGAUUAUGGAUCACUUGAACUGUAUUGCUGAAAGUUCAUUUUUGCCAAUGCCUCAGUAUCCUUCAAACAAUUAGUAUCCUCGUCUUGGACCCUUGAUGCUAGUUUUAAUCUUGGUUUGUGUACUUCUGGGCAUUCUGGCAAUAGAAAAUUUAAUUUACCUUUUAGUUGUUGGUUAAAUGAAAAUAGUUAUGUGCUCUGUGCAGUGCCCAGAUCAUCAUUUCAGGAAAGGCAUCAUAAAAGAAGGGUCAUGGAGAAGCCUAAGUGGAUUUGAUCAUAAAUAGGUUGGUGCUUGGGAAAGAAGGUUCAUUUGCUGGAAGAAGAUUAACAGGAGGGGUUCUUGAAUAUAAAUGUUGGAAUCUUUUAUGGACAUUGUAUGGUUUGAGUAACAGGAUUUUGUCCAGUCUGAUAUACUUGAAGUGGCUCUUGACAUGAGAAAGCAGUUUGAUGCUGUGUCUUUUAGACUUUAUCACAUUAACACAUUCCAACCAUGCCUUGUGAAGAUAAGGGAUGGUUAUUGAAAGAGAAAUCCAUGCAAAUUCUAAUGCUCCAAUCCGGAUUUCAAGAAGAGGCAUCAUAGAAGAAGGGUUAUGCUGAAGCCUUUAGUAGAUUUGAUUAUGAAAAGGUUGGUGCCUGCAUGAAAGGAGGAGGCAAUAGGGCAAGACAUUCUUAGGGGAUUUUUCUACAAUCUGGAAGAGGAAAAAGUUAUAAUCUGUGAAGAUAUUGCCAAGAUUGUAGCAGAGUUGUGCUUGAAAUGCAAAUAACAAAAUCAAUACAAAUCAAUCUUGUAGACACAUAAGCAUGCUCUUCUGCAAAAGUUUCUUCUUGCUGGAAGGAAGACUUAUUGUGCAUUUCCAAUUUGCAAGUUUCUUUCUGCAAGGCUGAGUUAGUUAAAAAAAGGUAAUGGUGAUUUUAAGACACUAGAUACGUUAACUGAACUGCUGUUUAUUAUCAAGAAAUAGGUUUCUUUCUUCUUGCAAAUAGAUUCCUUUUGUUAUAAGAAGUUUAAUCCUCCUUUCAAUGGAAAUGAAAAUAUGCAGUCGCUACCCCAAGCAUUUUAAGAAAGCUCUUUUGUAACAAAUUUUAUUAAUCUAA